AUGAAGAUGGUCUCUCUUGCAGUAAGGAGCAUUCUUCAAAGGUCAGCUCUGAACUACUUCAACAACAUUAAAAAAGCCACUUUCAUGUUUUCAGCCACCAGAUACAAUUAUUUUUUUGUGAAAUGUAUUACAAAUAGUAUUGAAAAUAACAGUCAGACACAGAUGAAAAAAGCUCACGACAUGUUCAGAGUGAAGUCGAGUGCCAUUAUGGUGAUCGCUACUUUCGUGGCUCUAGGGCUCUCCGUGUCGAGUGGCUUCUUCCUUAGAAAACAGGGAGAUAGUGUUACACAGAGGGGUAUUGAUAGAAUCGAAAGUUGGAAGAAAUAA